AUGGAAGCUGGGCCCGACAUCCAAGGUGCUCCUGUUCAUUUCCUGUUGGCUUCCUUACCUCUCGUGUUCCUUCACGGAACUGCCCACGCGAGAGCAGGCUUCGCCUUUGCCUUCGCCUCAUUCACCACUAUGCUCCUAGCAACACAACCUCUAACUGGAAUGCAGAGAACACUCAGUCAAAAGUUAAUGAAUGAACAGACAGAAACACAUAAGCAGGAGUGGGAGAGAGGCCCGUCCGGAGCUCUGAGUCCCAGCCUGGUCACCUCCCCACUACAGGAGGUCCCCCUCUCCCUCAAAGCCUCAAUUCCUCACCGCCAUGUACCUUGUCGUGAGGAUGAGACGCAGGGACUACUGAAGGCAUUCAACGUGACCUGGCAUAAGGGACUCCACAUUCAAAUCUACUUCAACAGAGAACACGCAUGUGAACCUGAAGAUGGACAAAGACUGCAAGAAUGGAGCUGUGAACUUGGUGAAUUUUCCUUCCUGUUACUCUCUGCUCUUAAUGCAUACAUGCUCAGUUACAUCUGA